CGCACUAAAACUAGGUGCAAUACACGAAUUCGCAAGCAACUUUUAAAGCAAGUAUUACUUUGCGUUUAGCUAUUUAUCGUCCGCGAAAGUGGGACCGGACUGCUGGUUUGUUUCAGGGAUGGCGUAAAACGGAUCCAUGUAGAAAUCCGAGUUAGUGACGUUGCAUAUCCUCUGUUUCACAGGAAGAAGUUGCACUUUUCUGCAAAGCUGUAAAUUGGACCGGUGAAUGCUGUGCUGUGUUUUUUUUUCACAACAUUUAAGAAAACUUCAUUCAAAUAAGUAUUUUUAUUUUAUUUUUUUAAUUUUUUUUUUAACAUUUUGUCCCGCGGAUGCGACUGGUGCCAAAACUAACUCAUCGUCAUGACAAAGGAAAGUCUCAUCGUAAAGAAACGCUGGACUGUGGCAACAGCGGCGGUGCUUGCCUUGUGUUGCAUGUCAUCUUUUAAUGCAGAACACCCAUCUUGUCAUGGAGCUUACGACCUUUACUUUGUUCUGGACAGAUCUGGGAGUGUUUGGACUGACUGGGGUCAGAUCUAUGACUUUGUCAAAAACCUUACAGACAGAUUUGUGAGUCCAAACAUGAGAGUAUCCUUCAUAGUGUUUUCAUCAAAAGCAGAACUCAUGUUACCUCUCACUGGAGACAGAGCAAAAAUUAAUGAUGGCCUGAAGAGUUUAAGUGAGGUCAAACCAACAGGUGAAACCUAUAUGCACGAAGGAAUGAAAUUGGCAUCUGAACAAAUGAAAGAACAGGUUAAAAAGUCCUCUAGUAUAAUUGUGGCCUUGACUGAUGGAAAGCUUGAACCAUAUAUCCACCAACUUACUAAGGAUGAGGCUGAUAUAGCAAGGAAGUAUGGGGCUCGUGUGUAUUGUGUUGGCGUUAAAGACUUUGACGAAGAACAGCUUGCCGAUGUCGCUGAUACCAGAGAGCAAGUGUUCCCAGUCAAAGGAGGCUUUCAAGCUCUUAAAGGCAUCGUUAACUCGAUCCUCAAGCAAUCAUGCACGGAGAUCCUCACGGUGGAGCCAUCCAGUGUCUGCGUGAACCAGUCCUUUGAUAUUGUUUUGAGGGGGAAUGGGUUCACACUGGGGAGACAAGAAGGAGUUCUUUGCAGUUUCAUUGUGGAUGGAGAUACUUACAAUGAAAAGCCAAGCAAGGUGAAGGAUGACUAUGUCCUGUGUCCCGCUCCUGUGCUGUAUUCAGUGGGACAAAAAAUGGAGGUUCUGAUCAGUUUGAACAGUGGCACAUCGUAUCUGACAAGUGCUUUCACUAUUACUGCCACCUCAUGUUCGGAUGGCACAGUGGUGGCCAUUGUGAUCUUGGUGCUAUUGACCCUGUUGGCUUUGGCUCUGAUGUGGUGGUUCUGGCCCCUCUGCUGCACAGUCGUUAUUAAAGACCUGCCCCCUCAAAGACCUCCACCACCACCCAUGGCAGAGCCAGACCCUGUACCCAAGAAGAAGUGGCCAACUGUGGAUGCAUCUUACUAUGGGGGAAGAGGAGCGGGUGGAAUCAAACGCAUGGAGGUUCGUUGGGGAGAAAAAGGGUCCACAGAGGAGGGGACAAGACUAGAGAAGGCCAAGAAUGCAGUGGUGUCAGUGCCAGAGGAGGGCGAAGAACCCAUGAUCAAAAAGCCAACCCCAUCCUCACACACAUACCAUCAGCGCGAAUCCAAAUGGUAUACUCCUAUCAGGGGCCGCCUUGAGGCAUUGUGGGCUCUUUUGCGGCGGCAGUAUGACAGAGUAUCACUCAUGCGUCCCACUACUGCAGAUCAGGGACGGUGUAUAAAUUUCAGCCGGGUGCAGCAUCAAUAAACGACAAUCUCCAGUCUCUGCAAUACUUGGACUUCCAAGUAUAUCAGAUGGGACAACAGAAAAAAAAUAUUCCUCUAGAUGACAUAGCUUGUCUUUGGCCACUUUUGGAUAUUUGUUUGGUGUGAUGCACAAGGGAAACCCAUUU